ACACCUGCAAAGAACACAUGCUAAGCUGCCUGUAAGGACUCCAAGCGAGCGCUGGAGGUUUCCCAGCAUGCCGAGGACAUGGGCCUGAUCCUGGGGGCCUGCGCCGGGGGCCUGGUGGUCCUCAUCCUGCUGCUGGGGGCCAUCGUCAUCAUCGUGAAGAAGGGAAGGGACUUCUAUCCUUACCCUUACUACCCUAGGAAGAAGGUGGCCAUCAACAAGGCGGCCAUGUCCUACAGGCAGGAGAAGAGUCGGAAGCUGAGCUCGCUGGACUGCAGCAUGACGGAGCAGAGCACCUUGCAGCAGGACGAGAGGAUGGCCAACUCCUUCAUGGACGCCCACGGGUGCAACACUCGCACCGAGCAGCGCAGCUCGGUGAACGAGUCGAGCAGCUUGCUGGGCGGCUCUCCGCAGCGCCACAGUCGCAGGAAGAGCUCUCCGUAUCACACGGGUCAGCUGCACCCUGCUGUGAGGGUGGCUGACCUCCUGCAGCACAUCAACCAGAUGAAGACCGCCGAGGGGUACGGAUUCAAACAGGAGUACGAGAGUUUUUUUGAUGGCUGGGACGUCACGAAAAAGAAGGACAAGACUAAAGGAAGGCAUGAUAGCCUGCUUAGCCAUGAUCGCCAUCGAGUCAAGCUUCACUCUCUGCUUGCAGACCCGAGCUCCGACUAUGUAAACGCCAACUACAUCGACAUUCGGAUAAACAGGGAA